AUGCCAGUAGUAAAGUGCUCAGCGGAUGUAGGCGGCCAGCGCAUCACGAAAUGCGAGUCUUCAGGGUGCCUGGAAGAAGCCGAGGCGAAUGGAUUCUGUGGCGAACAUGGUGGCGCCUGCCUAGCCAAGUGCGAGGCGUCCGGGUGCUUGGAAGAAGCCCUGAGGAACGGAUUUUGUGGCGAACACGGCGGUACCGACCAGAGUCCAAAUACAGGGGAAGUCGCGCAAUCUCAAGGUAACAACAACCUUGAAGAGACUGAUACAAGCUCACAGUCCAAGGACACCCUACAACACGGAAAGUGUGUCGAUCAUGACAAAGUCGUUGGUGGCCGUGAACUGCGUCACCGUCACAAAUGCGCGUACUCGAAAUGCACCGAGCGCGUCAGGAUGGACGGGUCCAUGUGUCUCAAGCACGCCGACUGCAAACUUUGCGUGCAGCCAGGGUGCUUUACCACGGCUCGACUCGGAAGGACAUAG